CCUGUUUGCAGCCGAUAAACAACAGAAGAAGAACACUUCCUGUCAUUGAAGGUGACUGUCAUGGCGGCGGCUGCGGUAGUUCGUGGAAUCGGCUCAAAUUUGUCGAAGAAUCUGCGUGAGGUUCGCCUGCAGUUAUGCCAGAUAUCAGCUGCCAGUCAGGGAACCAGGGAUUUUAUUGAGCAGCAUUAUGUGACAUUAAAGAAGGCAAACCCUGAGUUUCCCAUCCUGAUCCGAGAGUGCUCUGGAGUUCAGCCCAUGCUGUGGGGACGAUAUGGUUUUGGUAAAGAACACAGUGUUUCACUGGACAACAUGAACGUCGACCAAGUGGCCAAAGCUCUUGAAACAGUAGUAAAUGCAAAACCCUAAAUAAGCCUCCAAAUGUAAAAUGUUGUAAAUGUUAUUUGUGUCACAAAUGGAAAAUAAAUGUAUAUUCUAAAGUC